AUGGCAAGGAAAGCAGAUCUCCUAGGACUGGGAGGCGAUUCAUCAAGAAGAUCGACCAUCCACAAUGCCUCUUCACAGACAGUGCCUCAAGAUAUUUCCCAUGAAGGUGAACCUCCAACUUCAUCACAAUUGCAGCAGUGCAUGACUCAAAACAAAGUUCUUACUCGACGCAAUGGGAUCUUGUCAUUGCGAAUUACCGAACUUGAGGACAAAGUCACCCAGUUAAAUGAUGAGAUUUCUAGACUUCGGAAGAAUGACUCACUCAAGACGGCACUAGAGUUAGUGGAGAAGAAUUUGGUAAACAGCUUCAAUGUUAGUAUGAAGCAAUUGCAGCGAAUACGCGUCGAUAAUGGGUUGCUUUUCAGUGGAGACGAACCCUCAGCUGCUAGUAAGGGAUUGAAAAAUGUCUUUGCAAAGAAUGACAAAAUACGACCGCUGAUGUCAAGACAAGCGUCAGAAAAGGCACCUAUUACAAAUUCAAAAUCGCCAAUGACUUCAUCUGCCCGGAAGAAUGAACUUGGUAAUCUAAAAAAUCGGGGGUCUAUCGAACACCAAGCAUUUGAAAUUCCACAAUUUUUCAAGAGAGCUGACGAGCAUGCAUUCACUGAUAAGUUUCUGGCAAUUUCAGUGGAUGAACUGGAUUCCGAGGAUGUCUCGGACAUGAGACAGGUGGGUGUGUUUGCCAAGGAACGGACAAUCGUCGUUGAUGAAGAUAGCGACAGUAGUGUCUGUGGUACAGAGAGUCCAAAUAGCCCAACAACGAACGAUGUGCUUGGAGAACAAAUGGAGAAGGGUGAAGUGGACAAAAGUGACUUCUUGACCGAGUUUGGUCGCCAUGAAUCGUCGUUCGUGGUGGAAUCAGAAACUAGAAAAUCAAACGGCGGUGAAGUUGAGUCAACGCCGAAAGCAAGAAAGCUGACAUCUGCAAUACCUGAUAUGCUGGAUUACGAAGCGCUUCUAGAUAGCUUGAAAUGUAAUAGCAACUUGAAAGAGACAGGGAAGGAAGACAACGCUGCAGAGGGAGCGAGGGCAGAGGUAGCUAUCAUGGAUAAUAAGACAGGGAGAAAUGUGUCAAAGCUGAGAACGCGCAGUUCCAAGAGGCUUGAAUCUAAGCUCAACCUUGAAGAUGAAGAGAUAACGGAGAAGAGUAAUGACAGGUGUAGUCUGGGCGAUGAAAUUGACAAAGACAAGAGAACCGAAACAGAGAGAAUACCUAACGAAACCAUUAGUGGACGAAGUGGAUUGAGAUCUGCGUCACCAAAGCUGAGUCUACCUGCUAAUUCCAAACAGGAGAGACAGAAGAAAAUACAAAUCAAAGAGGACUCACCAACAGUUGGCUCAGAGGGCGACGUACAUGAUCAAUCUAUUGAAUCAAAAGCGGGUGAGAAGGAUAUUUCACGUACAAAUGCACAUGAAAUCAUCGAAUUGGAUCAAUCUCCGGACAGACAUGCGGAAAACAAUGCAAUAUCAGGCAUCAAGAGUGGCAAGAGAAAACCACUCUCAACUUUGAGCAGCAACGUCAGCAAACCGUCUAAAAAACGUAAACAAACAUCUCGAAGCAAGCACUGGGAUCUUGAUAUAUUUGAUCUUCGAAAUGCAUAG